AUGCCUUCUCCAGCUGCAGGAAAGAGUGAUACCCCCCGCACUCCCACUAAGCUCGGAAGGAAGCCCCAGCAGGCUGCGCCAAAGCUGGGCAAGAAGAAUGUCGACGAGGCAGAUACCCCCAGUCUGCCUCAAAAGCCAUCAGACGAGACUCUGCGAGAAAAGGCAGAGGACGCACCAGAGAACGUGAAGGACACCAAGGACCAGGUCGAGGACACCGCCAAGAGCACCACAGGAAAGGUCUCACAAGCCGGUGGUGACGACGACCUUGAGCAGGUUGAACCUAAACCCGAGGACGACGAAGAGACCGCCGUCCAGGUCGAGGACGACGCCGAGGAGACUGCUGAUGACGCAACACAGAAGGCCGGCGAUGAGGCCGACACGAAUGAAAACACCGAAGACGACGCAACAGAUACUGCCAGCAAGGCCGCCGAGAGCGGCAAGCAGGCCGGGGAGGGUGCCUUGAGCGGCGCCCGUGGCCUCGCUGGACGAGCCUCAAACUUGGCCAAGAAGGGAGCCCAGGACCCCGCCGGCGAGGCAAAGGAGGCCGCCAGUGAUGUGCAAGACACCGCUAGCGAAGCUGCACAGAAGACCCAGGACACCGUUGGUGACGCUGCCGAAGACGCCCAAGAGACCGCCGGUGACGCAACUGAGGAAGCUCGGGAGACCGCAGAGGGCACCGCAAGUGACGUCAAGACCUCUGUGGAGGACACCACCGGACAACAAUUGCCCGACCUUUCCAUUCUCAAGGGCCUCGAGGUCAAUGAGGAGGGAAUCGUUAAUGACAAGGAUGGCAACGCAAUCGGCCGCCUUGUUGAAGGUGAUGCCGAAGAUCUCGCAGGAUACGAGAUUGGCGAUGACGGCGAGAUCCUCGACGAUGACGGUGACCUUGUCGGCCGCACCGAGCUCCUUCCUGAGGCUGCCAAGGACCAGCUCCAGAAGGCUCAGAAACAACCCAAGCUGCCCGAUAUCAGCAUAUUGAAGGGCCUCACAGCCGACAAGACCGGCCAGAUCCUCAAUGAGGACGGCGACUUCGUUGGUCACUUGAUCGAAGGCGACCCCUCUGAAAUCCAAGGCUUGGAGUUCAACGAGAAGGGCGAGAUUGUCGACGAGGAUGGUAACGUCAUUGCUCGCGCUGAACUCCACCCCGAUGCCGCUGAUCUCGUUGACCAAGACGAGGAAGAAGAUGAAGACGAGGAGGAAGGCGAGCAGGGAGAGGAGGGUGGCCUUGUAGGCCGCGCUGCUGAACAGGCUGGUGAAGUCGCUGAGGGCGCCCAGGACACUGCCGAGGAGGCAGUCGAAGGCAUCGAGGACGAACUUCCCGGCGUUGAGGCCCUCGAGGGUAUGCAAGUCAACUCCGAGGGAGAGAUCCUCAACGAUGAGGGCGAAGUCGUCGGCCAGCUUGCCGAAGGCGAGCUCGACGAUGUCAAGGGCCUCACUGUUAACGACAAGGGUGAGGUCGUGGACUCCGAGGGCAACGUUCUUGGAAAGGUCGAACUCGCAGAGGGUGGCGCCGAGAAGCUCAAGGAGGCUGCCCAGGGUGCUCUCGAUAUCCGCAUCCUGGAAGGUCUCAAAGUCAACAAAAAGGGCAAGGUCCUCGAUGAGGAGGGCGAAGAGAUUGGCGAGCUCAAGGAUGGCGAACUCAAGGACUGCGCCGGCAAGACCAUCAACGACAAGGGCGAGGUUCUCGACAAGGAGGGCAAUGUCAUCGGCAAGGUCGAGGUUGUCUCUGGCGAGGCUGCAUUCGAAGCCUUGAAGGCCCUCAAGGAGAGGCUCGGAGAUGCCGAGGGAGAGGUCAAGGAGGUCGAAAUCACGCCUGACCUUGACAUCCUCGAUGGACUUAAGGUCAACAAGAAGGGCCAGGUCUUGAACGAGGAUGGCGAACCCAUUGGUGAGCUUGCCGAAGGUGAUAUCGCGGAGUGCGCUGGCAAGAAGAUCAAUGAGAAGGGUGAGGUCCUCGACAAGGACGGAAACGUCAUUGGAAAGGUCCGAACUCUUCCUCAAAUUGUCGAGCAGAAGGUCGGCGAGGCCGAGGAGGCCGCCGAGGAUGCCGAACAGGCUGCUGAAGAUGCGGAAGAGGCUGCUGAGGAGGCCGUCGGAGAGAAGCUCCCACUUGACAUUCUCGAGGGCUUGACUGUCAACAAGGCCGGCAAACUCAUCGACGCUGACGGUAACAUUGUUGGUGAGCUCGUUGAGGGUGAUGCCAAGAAGCUCUCAAAGUCUGGCAUCACCGCUGAUGCCGAGGGACGUUUCUGGGACAACAAGGGCAACGUCAUCGGCCGCGCUGAGACUGUUGUUAGGGAGGAUGCCGAGGAAGAGGCUCCCUUCGCUGGCCUUGAAGGUCUCCUUGUCACAAAGGGAGGCUGGGUCGAAGACGAGAACGGCAACCGUGUCGGUCAGGUCGUUGAAGGCGAUGCCAAGAAGCUUGUUGGCCGCGCCGUUGACGAGGACGGUGACAUUAUCGACAAGAAGGGUUCAGUCGUUGGACACGCUGAGCGCUGGGAGGAGCCUGACGAGGAGCCCGAGCCAGAGGCAGAGGCCAUUGACCUCUCCGACCUUGAGGGUAAGACUGUCAACAAGCAGGGUAAUGUCAUUGGCGAGGAAGGUGUUCCCGUCGCCCGCCUUGUUGAGGGUAACCCGAAGGAGCUUGCUGGUAAGCAACUUGACGACCAAGGCCAGAUCUGGAACGACAAGGGCAAGGUCAUUGGCCGUGUCGAGCUCAUCCCACCGGAGGAGCGCGAGUCCAAGCCUGAGGGACCAUUCGCUGGUCUCCAAGGCCUCCGUGUUGUCAAGGAUGGAUACAUUGCCGAUGAAGACGAAAACAUCGUCGGUACUGUCAUUGAAGGCAACCCUAAGCGUCUUGUUGGUCUUGCUGUUGACGAAGACGGUGACAUUCUUGACAAGUACGGCAACGUCAAGGGCCACGCUGAGCCAAUCGAGGAGGAGGAGGAAAUCCCCGAUGACCUCUCCGUACUUGAUGGCCUCACUCUGAACAAGCAGGGCUACCUCGUUAACAGCGACGGCAUCCCUGUUGGCCGUCUCGUUGAGGGCAACUUGAAGGACCUUGCCGGACUCAAGUCUGAUGGCGAGGGCCAGAUCCACAACGACACUGGUAAGGUUGUCGGCCGCUGCGAGCUCAUUCCCGAGAACGAGCGCGUCACCAAGCAGGAGGGACCUUUCGCUGGUCUUGAGGGCUUGCGCGUCGUCAAGGAUGGCUUCGUCGAGGAUGCCGAUGGCAACAGAGUUGGCCAGAUUACCGAGGGCGAUCCCAAGAAGCUCGUCGGAAACGCUGUCGAUGAAGACGGAGACAUCAUCGACAAAUAUGGCAAUGUCAAGGGCCACGCCGAGCCAUGGGAGGAAGAGGAAGAGGCCGAGAUCGACCUUUCUGCCCUUGCUGGCUGCACUGUCAACAAGGCAGGCAACGUCGUCGAUUCUUCUGGCACCAUCCUUGGACGUGUCGCCGAGGGCGACCCUCAGACCAUGGUCGGCAAGAAGGUCGAUGGCAAGGGACAGAUCUGGGACAAUGCCGGCAACGUCAUUGGCCGUGCUGAGCUUGUCCAGGGAGCCUCCUCUGGCCCUGAGGGACCAUUCGCUGGUUUCGAUAACAACUCGGUGGCCAAGGAUGGAACUGUCCAGACUCCUGAUGGCACUAUCAUUGGUCGUGUCAUCGAAGGUGACAUCCAGAAACUUGUCGGCCACACUGUCGACGAGGAUGGAGACAUCAAUGAUAAGAACGGUAAUGUCAUUGGUAAGGCUGAGCGCUGGGAGCCCGAAGAGAAGGAGCGCCGCAUCAACCCCAUGGCUGGCAUGCGUGUCAACAAGGAGGGCGAGGUCCGUGAUGAGAAUGGCGAUGUCAUUGGCCGUCUCACUGCUGGUGACCUUGGCCACUGUGCUGGUCUUGAGAUCGAUGAUAACGGUUAUGUCAUUGACAACGAUGGCAACAAGGUCGGCGAGGUUACUCUCCUCGAGAACAUCCAGGAGGAAGAGGAGGAGCCCAAUGAGGAUGCUGAGCUUGCCAACAAGAUGGCCAACAUCUGCCAGCAGACUCUCGAGCGCAUUCAGCCCGUGUGCAAGCAAAUCACAGAGUACAUCGAGGCGGCUGACCGCACUCCCCGUGACGAGCUCGAUGAAGAGGAGCUUGUCAACAACGUCAAGCCUCUCAUCGAAGAAGGUGGACGUAUCCUCCAGGAGUGCAAUGGCUCCCUCCGAGGCCUUGACCCCGAUGGUCGCAUUGCCGCCCAAGCUAAGGGUCGUGCAGAGACCCGCGAGGCCACUCCCGAGGAGUACCGUCUUGCUGAUCUCCUCAAGGAGAUUACCACUUCCGUUGUCACCACCAUCGACAACGCGAAGAAGAAGAUCGCUGACAUGCCCCAUGCCAAGAAGAAGCUCAACCCUCUCUGGGCUCUCCUCACCGAGCCUCUCUUCCAGAUCAUCGCUGCCGUUGGCCUGCUCCUCACAGGUGUUCUCAACCUUGUCGGUAGGCUCCUCAACGGCCUCGGUCUAGGAGGUCUCGUCAACGGUCUGCUCGGCGGUCUAGGUAUUGAUAAGCUCCUUGGUGGUCUUGGACUUGGCUCUCUCUCUGACGUCCUCGGUGGCGGAAAGGAGAAGAAGAAGAGUGGCGGCGGUGCGAAGAACCUACCCAUUGUCGGCGGCCUCCUCGGCGGCAAGUAA